AUGUUUUUAUGUAAAAAUAAUAAUAAAUUUUUAAUUAAUAAUAAUAUUUAUUGUUUAUUUAUAAGAAAUUUUUCAAAAAAAAUUAAAAAGAAUGAAAAUAAAGAUGAAUCUAUAAUAUCAAAUAGUGGUUCAGGUAAUGGACCAUAUGUAACCAAAGAAUAUGACAGUUAUAAAAUUCACAAACCAGUUUUUAUCAAAGAGGUACUCGAAAUUUUAGACCCAAAACCAAAUAAUGUUUAUAUAGACGCAACUUUUGGACUAGGUGGACACAGCAGAGGUAUUUUAGAGUCUUGCAAGGAUUGUUAUGUUAUUGCAUUCGACAGAGAUCCAAAUGUGUUUGAACUAACCAAAGAUUUAAGAACUCAAUACAAAGAUAGAUUGAUUACAAUUGGUAGUAGAUUUAGCUCAAUGAAAUCAGCACUUAAAGAUCAUAACUUGGAAAAUUUAAAAAUAUCAGGUAUUUUAUUUGAUUAUGGUGUGUCAUCAUAUCAAAUCGAUACUGCUGAAAGAGGUUUUUCAUUCAAAAAAGAAUUAGAAGGUCCUUUAGAUAUGAGGAUGAAUAAUAAAAAUACAUCACAGUUAUCAGCAGCAGAUAUUGUAAAUACUUUUUCAGAACAAGAAUUAAGGGAUAUAUUUUAUCAUUUAGGUGAAGAAAAACACACUCGAAAGAUUGCGCAUGAAAUAUUAAGAAAAAGAGCAUUUGGUGAAAAAAUUGAAACCACAUCACAGUUGGUCAAAGUGGUCGAAUGUUGUAUGCCCUAUCCAGCAGCCUCCAAAACUAUCUCAAGAAUAUUUAGGUCACUAAGAAUGUAUGUUAACGAUGAAUUGGGUGAAAUCAAAUACGGUUUAAGAGAAGCCGACGAUAUACUGUCACCGGGUAGUCCUUUAUUGGCAAUUUCAUUUCAUUCAAUGGAAGAUAGAAUAGUUAAGCAAUACCUUAAUAACAAUGGUUUGAAGUCAGACUACGACACAAUAAACAAUAAUAAUGUUAUCAAAUACGAAUUACCAAAAUCAAGUAAACACACAUCACCAAUUUUCCCAAGCGAUGAAGAAUUAGAGUGGAACCCUAGAUCAAAAUCUGCAAUUUUAAGAUGGGCUGUAAGAACCCAAAAUAAAUAA